CGGAAACGUCCACCCACGCUGGACAUGUGGAACUUCCAAGGUGCUCGCGCUUUCGAGGGGUUCAUGCCAGCGCUAUACGUCGGGCCUCCGCUUCUGCCUGCUCAGGUUUGCGCUGGUCGGUGUUACCCUGCCCGCGAGCUGGCCGCCUGCAUGUGCCCGCAGGGUAGUUCGGUUGAUGACAGUGGCACGCGCUCCCCGCACGCGGUACCCCUGCGGGCCGGCACGCUGGAGCACCUGGACUGGGACGCUCCGGAGUGGAGGGCGCUGCUGCGGCAAGAGGCUGUCUACCUCGAUGAGCUCCGAGCUUGGGACCAGCACAACAUCGCCGCCGGCGCGUACCGCGAGCGCACCGACAAGUUCGAGAAGCGCGCCUCGGCCACCGAGGCCGCCGGCACGAGGCGGCCGCUGAAGGUCGAGGAUACGAUGCCCAGGGUGCUGCGCAUGCAGCGGGCCAAGGCGUCGACGAACCGCGCGGUUGCGGGCGCCGCGGCCGAGAGUGCCCGCAGCACCAGCGGUUCCGGCGGGGAGGCAACGGCGCUCGUGCUCGACGGCGCCGAGGCUGGUACUGCUUCCGUCCUGCUGGCCGCUGGCUUCCAGCGCGGAAGGGUGCUGAUUCCGAACUUGAUACCCUCCGUCGCGGAGAGCCUGCGCAACGACGGAUCUGGAGGCUUCGCCUGUGCCGCCAUGGUGGAGGACUACGUGCUCGGCGCUCCGCCCGUCGCGCUGGACCUGGCCUACCUCGACUUCACAGGCGCUUUCCCGCGGCGCGCGCCCCACCUGCGCGCGCUCUUCGAGCGCGGCUGGCUGCGGCCCGGCGGCGUGCUGGCCUGCACGUUCUCGACGCGCGAGGGCCCCUGGCAGCCGGGCGACGGGGACGCGGGGGCGAUGCCGCCGGGCUGGAGCCAGGCUCACGCGGCCUACGCGCUCGUGCGGGUUCUCCUCGGCGCGGCCAGGGAGAGCGGCCUGAGGCUGGAGGGCCCCGACCUGGAAGGCAGCUCGGACCCGUCCUGUGAGUACAAGCGCAGCAUGGUGAGGACUAUCAGAUUAUACUAG